UUCUUCUUUUACCAAAAAUUCUGUGACCUGUGAUCCUUCCCCACUAGCUCCCUGACGAAGGAGCAGCGAAAACUUGUACUUUCAGAUAAACCUGUUGGACUAUAUCCUGGUGUUGUGUGACUGUUACCUUGGUAAUUCUUAGUGUCGUGAAAGACGAUACUUAAACGUAAGAGACUUACAGACCGGAUCCCCGGAACUGCCUCCGUAACUGUCAUCUCAUUCUGUCGAUACCUAGUACUUUGUGUUUGAGGGUGAGCGGGUGGUAGUCAUUCACACAAUCCAGCUCAGUGAUCUAGGCCUUACACCGGAUUGCACCAGAGGGUUUGUAAAUGAGCAGUGAGCUCAGUCUGCAGCUCCCCGCCCAUCUCCACCCCCGCGCCCUCUCUCUCUCUCUGCCCCUCCCCAAGGGACAGCACUCCGUGGGUCUUCACCCUCCCGACUAGGGUUCAACUCCCCCGCCGCCCAUGUUGCGUUUCUUCUUCAAUGUAUGAAUAUUUCAUUUUGUUUCUGUCAAAAUAUCGAGAGGAUAAAGUUUAAAGUAACAAUUGUUUGCAGUGAAAUUCAACGGGAUAUCGAUGACCUGAACGUGUUUACCUGCGGAGGAACAGUGAGACUGGGAACAGUUUGAAUCCGGAAGUGCUGAGAUUGAUCAUGGCUUCCAGACAGCAGCUCCUGAGACUGACCGAGGAGACAGUUUGUCCCAUUUGUCUGGAUUUCUUCACCGACCCGGUAAUACUGGAAUGUGGACACAAUUUCUGCCGCUCCUGUAUCACCGAGAGUUGGGAAAAGAAGGAGAUAAACUCCUGCCCGCAAUGUAGAGAGGAAUUUCCGGAAAGAAACCUCAGGGUAAAUCGGGCCUUAGCGAAUCUGGCCGAGGAGGCUCGAAAAUUAAAGCUGGAUCCGAAAGAGAAGGAAAGUAAACCUCACUGUGAGGAACAUCAGGAAGAUCUGAAGCUGUUUUGUGACACUGACAGGAAAUUGAUCUGUCUGAUUUGUAGAGAUUCGCGGGAACACAGAGAGCACCGCUUCCUGCCGAUCAAUGAGGCUGUUGAAAUCUACAAGAAUAAGCUGAAAUCUUCCUUAGAUUCUCUCACAGAGAAGAAAUCGGGGACUCUACAAACGGAACUGACCCAGAAACGGAAGAUUUCCGAAGUGAGGGAACAGGCGAGCAGUCUGCAGACCCACAUCACAUCCGAGUUCACUAAAAUGCACCAGAUUCUCACUGAGAAAGAACAGCGUUUACUCAGAGAUCUCAGGGAAGAAGAGGAGAGGGUUGUAGAAACAAUGGAGAGAAACCUUCGAGAGAUUCAGGAGAAUUUAAAUUCUAUUGAGGAAAAACUCUCAAAGUUGCAGAAACAGACGGAGCAAAAAGACGAGCUGGUGUUUCUGAAGGAGGCAACUUGUCGGAAGAGAAGGAUUGAUGAUGAGGAGAAGACAUUCUUAGCUGCUGACGGCUCUCUGUCUCUCGCACAAUUCACCGGCCCUCUACAGUACACAGUCUGGAGAGAAAUGAUACACACCAUUCACCCAGCUCCAGCCUCUCUGACUCUGGAUCCGAACACAGCGCAUCCCCGGAUCAUCCUGUCUGAGGACCGGACCAGUGUGAGACUCGGAGACACAGACCAGCCGCUCCCUGACUCCCCGGAGAGAUUUGAUUCCUGGCUCUGUGUCCUGGGAUCAGAGGGAUUCACAUCAGGGAGACAUUACUGGGAGGUGGAGGUGGGGGAGAAGACCCGGUGGGUUCUGGGAGCGGGGAGAGAGUCUGUGGAGAGGGAAGGGAGGAUCGGACUGAACUCAGACACUGGAUUCUGGAUUGUGGGGCUGUUACCCAGAGAUGGUUAUUUUGCCUCCACUUCAUCCUCUCUGACCCCCCUCUCCCCGAGUGUGAAUCCCCGGAAGAUCGGGGUUUUCCUGGACUAUGAGGGGGGACAGGUGUCAUUUUACAAUGCGGACACCAUGUCCCAUCUCCACACUUUCACCCACACUUUCACUGAGGGGGUCUUUCCCUUCUUCCAUCCGGGAGGGAAUAUUGACGGGAAAAACUCCGACCCGCUGACAAUCUGCGGGAUUAAAGGGCACUGACAGAUCCAUCCCAUAAAUUCACCCCGUCCCCCUGCCUCCUGCCAGCUGUAAACUGACAGGGGCCGGUCUCAGUGACAGGUGGAGAGAGAAGCCAGGUUAACAUUCCGGGAAUAAACCCUGUAUCGGAACUGGGCACUGAAAUAUCAGUAAGGAGCUGU